GAGCAGGGAAUUGGACAAGGAGGCAGCUACAGACGGUGCAUUGGCGUGAAACGUCUUACAGGCCGUGGCAGCUGCGCUUUCCAGGAGGUCAAGUGCUGUCUUGUAUUUACCUUCUUUGUCUCCUCCUUCCCUGCUGUUGUUUGGCGGUUAUCCUCGGACUGACUCUCGGCACUGCACUGACGUAAAGCCCCUCAGCCGGCUCCCCACACAACCCCUGACAAGCCGGUGGGACCUGCCGCCCCCGCUCCCCGUGCUCUUCCCCCUUUGAGCUCUGUGAGCUGUGCUCGCCGUGCUCCCCCAUGAUUUCCCCGACGGCCGCGGUCAAGCUCAAAAGCGAGACGCCAGCCAGACUCGACCUCGACGGAGACACCAAUUCGUCACCACAGACACCCGCAUCCCGUCUCGCAACCAUGGGCGGUGAAACCAAGCCCGCCACCACGGCUCCCAAGUCGUACCCCGUCCGGGCCCCAAAGCCCGUGGGCCAAUGGAUCUCGAACCUCUACCGCGACCGCCUGACCCAGUUCCUCAGCGGCGGCCAGUAUGAGGGCCAGAACCUGCUCGCCAUGACGCGCGAGGCCGCCGUCGCCGGCCCCCCGCACUUCGACCUCUCGGUCUGGUCCGCCCCGGACCUGUCCCGCCCGACCUUCAAGGAGGUCGUGUCCCACGACUUUGGGCCCACCGAGGUCGGCUCCUGGUUCGGGCCCUCGUGGUCCACUCACUGGUUCCGCGUCAAGCUCAAGGUCCCGGACAACAUGACCCGCCUCGAGCACCUGGAGCUGCACUGGGACGCCAACAACGAGGGCAUGGUCUGGUCCGAGGACGGGAAUCCGCUCCAGGGCCUCACGGGCGGCGGCGAGCGCGUCGAGUGGAUCCUGCCCGACUCGUUCCGUGAUGGCGAGUGGCACACCGUCUACAUCGAGAUGGCAUGCAACGGCAUGUUUGGCAACGCCCCCGGCGGAGACUCCAUACAGCCCCCUGACCCCAACAAGUACUUCCAGCUCGGCCGCUGCGAGCUGGUCGCCAUCAACCUCCAGGCCCGUGCCCUCCACAUCGAUGCCUGGCUCAUCAACGACGCCGCCAGGGAGUUCCCUGAGGAGUCGUGGGAGCGCCACAAGGCCCUCAAGGUCUCCACCGACAUCAUCGAUGCCUUCGAGGUCGGGAACAAGGACUCCAUCGUCAAGUGUCGCAAGAUUGCUCAGGAGUAUCUCGGCUCGCUUGUCGACUCGCACAAAGUCUACGAGAGCGACAAGCAGCCGCUGGUCUACGGCAUUGGCCACUGCCACAUCGAUUCAUGCUGGCUGUGGCCUUGGGCCGAGACAAAGCGCAAGGUUGCCCGGUCGUGGUCGAACCAAUGCGACCUCAUGGACCGGUACCCGGAGUUGAACUUUGCUUGCUCGCAGGCGCAGCAGUACAAGUGGCUCAAGCAGGAUUACCCCUAUGUGUUCGACCGCGUCAAGCACAAGGUCAAGGAGGGUCGCUUCCAUCCGAUUGGUGGCAGCUGGGUUGAACACGACACCAACAUGCCCAGCGGCGAAUCCCUCGUACGCCAGUUUCUUUACGGCCAACGCUUUUUCGAGAGUAACUUCGGGCAGCGGUGCCAGACAUUCUGGCUCCCAGACACCUUUGGAUACUCCAGCCAGCUGCCGCAAAUCUGCCGCCUCGCCGGCAUGACGCGGUUCCUGACGCAGAAGCUCAGCUGGAACAAUAUCAACAAAUUCCCCCACACGACCUUCAACUGGGUCUCCUUGGACGGCAGCCAAGUCCUCUGCCAUAUGCCGCCGUCCGAGACGUAUACAGCCUCCGCCAACUUCGGGGACGUGAAGCGUAGCAUCAGCCAGCACAAAUCAAUGGACCAGGACGAGACGUCAUUGUUGGUCUUCGGCAAGGGCGAUGGCGGCGGUGGCCCGACGUGGGAGCACAUCGAGAAGCUACGUCGCUGCCGCGGGAUAAGCGACCAGGUUGGGCUCCUCCCAAGGCUUCACAUGGGUAACUCGGUCGACGACUUCUUCGACAAGCUCCAGGACAAGGCCGACAAGUUCGUCACUUGGUACGGCGAGCUAUACUUUGAGCUGCACAGAGGAACCUACACCACCCAGGCCAACAACAAGCUCAACAACCGCAAGGCUGAGGUGACUCUCCGCGAUGUCGAGCUGCUGGCCACCAUCGCAUCGCUCAAGGAUAGCUCGUACAAGUACCCCAAGAAAGAAAUCGACGACAUGUGGGAGGGGACACUACUGUGUCAGUUCCACGACUGCCUGCCUGGCAGUUCCAUUGAGAUGUGUUACGAUGAUUCGGAUGAACUCUACGCCAAACUCUUCAAGACUGCAGACCUGGUCCGCAAGGACAUCUACAAGGUUCUAGGUCUGUAUGAGACCAAUGCCACCACUGUCGAGGACGUUGUGGCCUUGAACACGCUGCCCUGGCAUCGCAAGGAGGUGGUUGACCUUGGCGAGAACGAGUGUGGCAUCGCUUGUGGCGAAGGAAACGCGCUCAGCGUCCGGACCUUCAAGACGUCGGCGACUAAGGAAGCGGUGUCGGUUAAGGAGGAGUCGGACGGCGUGUUCGUUCUUGAGAACGACCAGCUCCGGAUCAAGGUCAAGGAUGGCGUCAUCACGUCGCUGUAUGAUCACAAGGUCUGCCGAGAGGUGAUCCCGGAGGGCGGCAAGGCGAACCAGUUUGUCAUCUUCGACGACAAGCCGCUGUACUGGCAGGCCUGGGACGUGGAGGUGUACCACCUGGACAGCCGUAAGGAGCUCUCAAGCGGGACGACCCAGAUCUUGGAGGAGAAGUCGCACCGGGUGAGCGUGGUGACCAAGACCAAGAUCAGCGACAAGAGUUCGUUGAAGACCACCAUCAGCCUUUCGGCAGCCAUCGAGGGACAGCAAUCGUCAGUCGAGGUUCACAGCGAGGUGGACUGGCACGAGACGAUGAAGUUCCUCAAGGUUGAGUUCCCGGUCGACGUCCGCAACACGGAGGCGUCGUACGAGACGCAGUACGGAAUCGUGAAGCGGCCGACACAUUACAACACGACAUGGGACAUGGCCAAGUUCGAGGUCUGCUGCCACAAGUUUGCCGACCUGUCGGAGAACGACUAUGGCGUGUCGAUCCUCAACGACAGCAAGUACGGGUUCGCAACCGUCGGAAACCUGAUGCGGCUGUCGCUGCUGCGGUCGCCCAAGGCGCCCGACGCGCACGCCGACAUGGGAACGCACCACAUCCGCUGGGCGAUCCUCCCGCACGAGGGGGCGUUGGGUCACACGACCGUGCGCAAGGCGUACGAGUUCAACAACAGACUAAAAGUCAUGUCGAAGCCCGAGGCGGCGAUGCACUCGCUUCUCUCCAAGUGGCCCGUCAGGCUCACAGGAAGCCCGUCACUGGUGCUCGACACGGUGAAGCGAGGCGAGGACGACGAGGACGUCAGCCGGGGCGAGCUACCAACGCGCAAGGGCCGCAGCGUCAUCGUGCGUGUCUACGACAGUCUUGGCGGCCGCAGCCGGGGCACAAUCGAGACGAGCUGGGAUGUCAAGAAGGUGUACAAGACGAAUUUGUUGGAGGACGACCUCGAGGAGGUUGAGUUCUCGCACUGCAAGUUCGACAUCGAUCUGCGGGCGUUCGAGGUGGUGACCUACAGGCUGCAGCUGUGAGCGACGUAUAGUAUAUGGUGAAAUGAUGGAUGUGGACAGGGGGAUAUGAUUAUGAGUGAGAGCGACGAGUGAUGAUGAUAAUUGAGCUUGGGAACAGAACAGGCAUGCACACGGAUGGAUGGACAACCGAAGACGAUUACUAUUACUCUAUUACUAGGCCCCGACCACCACAUGACUCAUCUCUCUCCACACUGCCCUGGAGUCUCAUGGUGUGCCCUCACACCAUGCUAAGACUCCAAAUGAGCUCAUCUCCUGUCCUUCCCCCAAACAGAUGCUGUCCACAAUCAACAUCUCUCCUCUCUGCCCCGCAUGGGCACCUGUCCAGCAACCACGUAAAAAUGAAGAAAAAAGAAAGGAAAAGACAAGGAAAACAUGUAACCCGUACUAGCCUACAUUACUGCCCUAAUGGGCCUCUCCGUUCCCUGGACAAACUUAAGAAAAUGUUGUACAGGAAGCAAGGAAAAUCGUACAGGUGGACAAGGAAAAUAACACAGGCUCACUCGCCGAGAGUGAAGGGAUUCCUGACCCAGGAUAAGCCUUCGAACCUGAACCUGCUACAAUGGACUAGAGGCCUACGGCCCCCAUCGCCUGAGCAAUUCGCAGCCGCUUCUCGCCAGUGCUUCCGUCGACGGAUAGGCCCAUGGCUUGGAGAUGGUUGUUCAAGCGGAUGCGGUUGCGGUUGCCUAUGUAAAAUUUGUUUUUUUUAGUGGUGUUUGGCAAUGAAAAACGGGAGCAAAACAUACUGCAAAGAUUUGCGAGCUCGUUCAUCGACUUGGUGGUUUCCAUGAUCGGUUCGCCUGUCGUAAGCGACACAAUCGGGUUGAGAGGUUGGUCUCGGUUGGUGAUUCGGCCAUUGUUAGAACGGGUAUAGGCAUUGGUGAUGCUAGAGGAGCAGGUUGUUAGGAAAAAUUCAUCAAAAUGAAUGUGAAGCUAGACAAUGUAGUAUAAUACCUUGCAG